AUGGACGCCGCACCCAAACCCAUCGACGAGGUCAAGCUCGACAUCCGCGGCCGCGUCGCCAUCAUCACCAUCAACCAACCCAAGAAACUCGGCGCCCUGAACCAAGACCUCUUCUUCCACCUCUCCCAGCUCAUGCGCCACGUCGACGGCCGCGAUGACGUCUUCAUCACCGUCCUGACCGGCACCGGGAGGUUCUUUAGCGCAGGCGCCGACGUCUCCGCCGCCGGCCAAAACAAAGGCCCCGCCUCCGACCAAUACAAACAAUGGCUCCAAUCCUUCGCCGCCUACAACCUCAACAUCACCCAAGCCUUCUACUCGCACCGCAAAAUCCUCGUCGCCGCGCUCAACGGCCCCGUCGUAGGCAUCGCCGCCGCCUUGGUCGGAAUGUCCGACUUCGUCUACGCCGCGCCCCACACCUACCUCCUCUGCCCCUUCACCUCGCUGGGCCUCGUCGCAGAAGGCCUCUCCUCGCGCGCGAUGCUGAACCGUCUUGGACCCGCCCGCGGCCACGAAGCCCUGCUGAUGAGCAAAAAGAUCUCCUGUGACGAACUCGUGCAGUGCGGGUUCGUUAAUAAGACGUUCCCCACGCAACCGAAUGAGUCUUCGAAAUUCUUGGAGUUGGUGCUGGAGGAGGUGGAUAAUCGGCUGGGGGAGCAUUUGGUGUCGAAUUCGUUGGUCAAGAUCAAGGCGAUGAUCAAGGCGCCCGAGAGGGAUUUGUACGAUGCGCAGGGGGUGAAGGAGAUUUUUGGCGGGUUGGAGGUUUUUAUGAGGGGGAUUCCGCAGGAGGAGUUUCGGAAGGUGGCAAGUGGGGAGAAGAGGCAUAAGUUGUAG